CUGGGGACCAGGUCCCGCUGAUCGAGGCGGAAGAGAACAUCAUCCUGUCAGCCGGUAAAAACGCGUCCAUGGAAAAUAAAAUAAAAAAUAAAUAAUAAACAUGGGGUCCGCAGCAAGAUGGACCAAUCAUAUCGCGAGUCGCAAUAUAGUAGACCCCGGACGUCGUCCUGUGAGCGACGGGGAGAGAGACUCAGAGAGCUUCGAUUAUAUAUUCAUCUUCCAAAUUUCUGCAAAUUUCUCCCUCUUUACAAACGCUAACCAGAGGAGGAGGGUCUCGCUCUCAGGGAUUUCAUUUCGCGAUGGCUUCGAAGCGGAUCUUGAAAGAGCUCAAGGAUCUUCAGAAGGAUCCUCCUACGUCAUGCAGCGCAGGCCCGGUUGCUGAAGAUAUGUUUCAUUGGCAAGCUACGAUUAUGGGUCCUCCAGACAGUCCAUAUGCGGGCGGAGUGUUUCUAGUCACCAUUCAUUUCCCACCAGAUUAUCCAUUUAAACCACCCAAGGUUGCAUUCAGGACAAAGGUUUUUCACCCUAAUAUCAACAGCAAUGGUAGCAUUUGCCUUGAUAUUUUGAAAGAGCAGUGGAGCCCUGCCCUUACCAUAUCCAAGGUGCUGCUCUCAAUCUGUUCGCUGUUGACGGAUCCAAAUCCCGACGACCCUCUGGUGCCAGAAAUUGCCCACAUGUACAAGACGGACAGGAGCAAGUACGAGACAACGGCAAGGAGCUGGACCCAGAAGUACGCAAUGGGUUAGUGUGUGCUCUGGUGAUAAUAUGCGUGUGUUACAGGAAGGGCUCCUUUCCCUGUGACUUUGGUCUUUUUUUCCCUAAUUUAUGUAUGAAAUGAAUGAAAGUGUGACCUGUCUCUCUUGCCUUUGUAAAAAGAUCAAAAAAGGGGAGAGGUUUGAAUGUGUUGCCCUCCUUGGAACACUUCUCCUGCUUUCUUAAUUUGCUUGUAUGGGAAUUUUAUCUUUGGAUCUAUGAAACGCUACUUCUCAAA